CUCGCAUUCAUAAAAUCCUAAAUGCAGUUUUUCACUAACACUAUGUUUCUUAAUAUCUGAAUUUCAGGUGGAUUUAGUAUCUUCUCUAUGCUUGAAAUCUGCUGAAUUAGGAGGCUCUUGGUUAAAAGAGAUUCCUAAACCUAAAAGUUUACACGCUACAAAAGAUGAUUUUCACCGUUGGGCUACUCUAACCAUUCGACUAAUUGAUUUGGAUCCCCGUUUGAACAUAUCCAAUACAUCAGUCAUGACACGUGGAUUACGCUUUACUGGAGAAAACAACUUUCUCGGUUUGAUUCGUGCACUUGUAGCUGCUCUCCUACCAGAUUUUGUGGAUUUUAUAACUUCAAGAUCGCCUUCAGAGUCAAGUCUUUACGAUGACUCAACCCAACCACUUGCUUAUAAAAAUCCAAAGGUGUAUUUUUCCCGGACGCUUUACGAAUUUGGUCGGUGUUAGUCGAUCGAUUGACCCAAUUCAUUAUAUCUGAACAUCGAGUAACCGAAGAUCAUUCAGCUAUGGAUAUUGAUCUAAGUACGGUUAACUCUGCUAUGCUUAUGCCAUUUUGGUUGGCUGGUGGAACACGUCCAAACACAGUCGAUAGUAAUUAUUAUAGAUCCUCCGAUUCUGUUGAGUAUCUUUCAUUCAAAGACGAUUUGGCCGUAUCAAAACGUCAGUCUGAUUUACUUACAGUAUUUCAUCAAGAAUGCUGCUUGUUGACUACAGUCCCUACAAAUGCUUGGAUUAGUCAAUUAUCUGCCAAAGUAUCUGAUCUUAUCUCAAGUUAUGCACCAAAGGUGUUUGAAAGUAUUAACUUGCAUCUAGUUGGUCGUUUUCUGCGUUGUCUAGCACAAAGAGCAGAAAUCUCAGAAGAAGGAGGAAAUCAAAUCGAUGCUUAUUGUUCAUUCGCCUCAAUGAAAACUGACAAACAACCCCUCGGUCAGCUUACUGGACUAGUUAGUGCACUCAAUUUGUUAUUAUUGCAUAUACCAUGGCUUAAUCCACCUACACAAACUCAAAGUGAUAUUUCACCUCCGCGUCGUUUCAACUCUCAGGAAUUAAUCGCUCGAUGCUUAGCAUCUCCUCCCAUGUUAUCCAUUCGUAAUCAAACAGACCAGUCGACUGAAGAAAAAGUUGGCAGUGAGUCUCAUUCUAACAGUCGGUCAUUGAAUAAUAGUCCGGUUUCCUAUGGUUUACUUGAUGCCUUGGAAGCUGUUACAUUCAUCCUUAAUAAUCACGUUCGUGACACAGAUUCUGUACUAUGGAUAUUUUCUGCCUUGGAACCCAGCCUAGAUCGAUUAAUUCAUUGUUGUGUCAAAGCUGAAGAAGCUGUGAUUGCAGCAGGGACAGAUUUAGAUGAGCCGCUUUUAAUUACUCAGCAUAGACAACAGGCUAAACUAACUUUAGAGGAGGUUUUUAUAUGCAUUUGGAAGCAGUUGAAAAUUGUUCCUCCUAAUGUAUCUGUUACGAAUCCUUUAUCUAUGCUAAAUACGAUGCAAUGUGAUCAAAAUUCGAAGACUUCUGUACCGAAUUCAAAAAUAACUCGUGCGGUUGCGUUGGACGAACAGUAUCAAGGUAUUCUUAACUUAUCGUUCGCUUUAUGUGGUUACAAUCUAGAAUCGAGUAAGGGUUCUCAUAAAUCAGCACCAAUCCAGCUGUCUAUAACAUUUAUUAUCUGGUUUAUUGGUUACUGGAAUUAUUUAGUUGAUCAAUGUUGUUCGACGAAGACGAAUAAGUCGAAAAUUCAAAAUGUUCAGAAUUUUUUGAAGAAUCGGGAAUCUGACUUCCAAAAAAUUGUUGUACAAGCAUUCAGUCUUAAUAUGCAACAAUUUAAUAACUUGGAUUCAAGUGAGAAAAAUACCAACACAUAUAACUCGACUCUUUACAAAACUCCCAAAUCUGAACCAACUAAACGACGUUCUCGUGCAUUAAAAAAGAUGGAAUCUUCUCAAUCACCAGAAACACCUAUAAACUUGAAGCUGGAGAAAGAAGACGGAUCCCCUGAUUCAAUAUUGACUACCCUACGUUCUGGACGAAGAUCGUCUCUUGGCAAAAAUAAACUGGAAUCGGAGAAGCUUCGGAAACCGGUUACAGCCUCACCUGGACUACGUGCAAGUACUGGUGACUCACAAAACCUUUCAAAUAGUCCUUCUAUAAGACCUCGUCGUGGUCGCCUUUCACUGGGGAGAAAUAUCAAUCCAGUCGAAAGAAUUGUUACACCUACUAGACGCUCAUUUGGACCAGUGGAAAAUAUUACCCAAUCAGCUCCAUCAAAUUUCACAGCUAGACGUGGCCGUGGUAAAAAAGGUGUUAAUCUUUUCCCUGUCUCCCCUAGGCCAUCACCUGCCAGUGGUAUCAUUGCUGAUGCCUUUGGAGUAGCACCAGGGUCAAGCCUGAUAGAGGAUAAAGGUAAUCAUAAUUGGUCUCCGUCUAUGCCAUCUCCUGGCCCACUAUCGAAUCGUCCACUGGUCAAACGUCGCUUGUUUAGCGGGGUACAAGAUUUACGAACGCCUGAAGAUAAUUCAAGCAAUUCUUAUCAGACAUCAUCAUUACACCCAACAAGAAAACGUCAUUUAUCUGACUCUGAACAUAAUUCAGUCACUUCGCCGAAAACUGUGACCAUUUCGACUGGUGUUGAAGACUCAUGUGAUUUUGUUUUCAUUCCACCUCAAACAGAAAGUGCCAAGAAACGUCGUCGGAGUCUAACUAUCCACCAAAAGGAGCGUUUUAAGGAACAAAGAAGUGAAUAUGUGCCUGUCACAUACACGGAAUUGGACAUUAGUCAACAGUCAUGGCCAUCUUUGUGUGGUAGCGACUCACAAUCUCAGUCUCUACCUGAAUUCAGUCCGCAGUCGUCGGAGAACACAAAGUGUUUAGAAGUCUCUGAAACACCUGAAUUUCUCGAUUGUCAAAUGGUAGAAGCAAAUAACGUAACAAAUAUACUGACCAGUGAAGAUGAGAUUGAAAACAGUGGUAUAAAGGAUUACACGUGUCAGGUUUGUGAUAAAUCUGAACUUACACCUAUCAAAGUUGUUUUAUCUCCCCUGAUCAGUGACCCAGUUUGUUCGAAAGAUUGUGAUUCGAAAGAUAUUCUGGAAAUGAUACAUGAUACAGAAAUAACUAAUAAUGAAUGUGAAUCAGUAAAUUUGGAUGAGGAGGUUCCUUCAAAGUUGAAAACAUUAGGUAAUGAAUAUUUAUCCUGUGAAACUGGUUCGAAUGGAAUGAGUAACUUACCUGAUAAUAACAAAUAUGAUGAUAACAAUGACGUGUUGAUUGUUGAGACACACAAUUCCACUUUCGUAUCUCUCCCAAGUGGUAGUAACAAUAAUAAUGUACCUUCGGUCGCUAUAUCGAAACCGUCUUCUAAAGAUGAGGAUCAUGAAAGGAUGUCUCCUGUCACUUCUCUGUCUGUCCCGCCAAUUUUGAAUUCACGUCCGAAUAGUCAUACUUUAUCUAGUCCGUUAAUACGAGGAUCUAGCCGAGCUCAGAAGAUGCUUGCAUUAGGUCUACAAAAAGCUGCAGAGCAAACUGCACGUCAGAAAUCAUCUUCUGGAGAGCAAAAUGUUAGUAAUGUGAGCGGUAUUUUAUCUGCAGACAAUAGUCCGGUACUGACAGAACGAAAAUCCUUUUCAAACGUUUUUGUUUCCCCAUCUCGCUUACCUUUCAGUUCUUCGGCUACGGAUUCGCCAUCUGGUAUUAUGCGAAAUUUAUGGUCAAAGAAAAAGUCUCAACGUGUAUCAUUCGCUGAACAACCUAUGAUUUAUACGAUUGGCUCACUAAAUGCAUUUGAACUCGAAUCAGACGAAGAUAAUGUUUAUCAGAACUGUUCAAGUUUAAACAGCAGGAAAGUUCUGCAUGAUCUUACAGACAAUACGUGCGAUUUCGAUGAUUUGAGUGAUAAUGAUGUUGAAUCGAAAACCCAUAAAGAAUCAAGUGAAUCAAAUCAGGUGGAUGAAAAAAGUAGCCAAAACGACACAGAUUUAUCUGUUACUUCAAAAGAGCCAUCUAACGCAAUCCUAAUUUCCACUUCCAUAUCAGUAGAUACCUAUGUGGAUUUAGAUGCUUCUCAAGAUUCUUCUCAGUCUAUAUUAUCGGAAACUGUGAAAUCGGAUGACCAAACUACUCCUGUGAUACUGCCACAUGGUAGUUGUUCAAAUCAUCGUCGUAAAUCAGCUUCUCCUCAGAGGCGAGAAAUUCCAAUAAAACGAAAUUUUUCCCGACCGAAGUGUGAAAAAUCGGAUCAGUCACGAAAGCUUCCAAGACGUAGGCCAUUAUUCAUGGAACCUCUACCAACAACAGUUAUUUCAGAUAAUACAGAGACGAAUACUACCACAUUGUCUCAAACAAAUGAGCAAUACACUGUGUUUGUAAUUGACAGUGAAUCUACGAUGAUAGCAGACACUCAGCCAGAUGAAAAUGACACUAAAACCGAUUCUGUUGAUAACCCUACAACUGUCAUUGAACAGACCCAGUUGGAUGAAGAGGAAGAUGAAUGCGUUGUAAUCGAGGGUAGCCAAGGUAGCAGUCAGGUGCAGAAUGGUGAAGAUCAAUCUGUGUGUUCAUCUGGUAGUCAAAUUGAUCAACUUAACUUUUCACCCAUUCCUGUACUGUCUAACUCAGAAAUGAGUGUUGACAUCCAAAAGGGUAUUUCAAGUUCACAAACAAUUGUUGAUGUACUGCAUACCAAUCCUGACAAUACCAAUAACAAUCAAAGCAAAAUUAUUUCCGUCAUCAGUAAUGAAUCUAGUGAUACUAGUAGUCAACAGAAUAUGCUAUCCAUAUCAAUUGCUAAUGAAGGGGAUGAUGAUGAGGAUGAUAAUGUAAGCGCUGACAAUAAAGAGAAUCAACCUGAAUCAACAAUGAUUGCAACACAAGAGGAUGUAGAAAGAGAUAUUUUAGAUAAAUUGUCACAGAUCGCAAACAGCCUGCCUAUUUUACGUCCAGAACAACGACAUUCAAUACUUUUAGAAGCUUUAAGUACAUUUAAGACAAUUAUGCCUUAAGAAAUUUGGAAAUUUUGUUAUGAAAGAAAAUGCUAGAGGAAGAUUAAAUUUUUUUUGGUGCUUUAAAUUUAUUAUUUGUUCUUCACUGUUGUUAUUAUUAUGUAGAAACACUAGUGUUAGAAUCGCUUUUAGUUAUGCCACUAUAUUUUCUAAGUUGGGAUAGAAAAUCAGAACUUUGUAAGAUCUCAUAUAUAAGUGAUUCUUAUUUUCCAUUUUGUUCCUUUAUUUCAAACUACUCUUCAUAAGAUAGUUGCUUACUCUUUCCUAUAUCCUAUCCUAUAUGUUAUUCAUAGAGCUUUUUAUUCUUCUCAGACUAUUUCGAAUGGAUUUCUAUUUCAAGUAACUUUGCAGAAGUGGAUUUUCAUUCACAACUUCCUUGUGUUUUUCAAGCCAACAGAGUGGUUUUAGUUUGUUUAAAAAUAUUUACAUGAAGUUAUUCUAUGCUCAUAUUGAAAUACAACUGCAUUCCCAUAGGAAAUUUUGCCAG